UUAAGAUAUUGUUAAGGUGUUAAUUCUCCGCAAUUGAUCUAUAUGUUUGGCUCAAUCCAGGGGGAAAAAAAAAGAACUCAACAGGCUGUUUUGUAGAAAUUGACAAGCUGAUUCUAAAAUUCAUGUAGAAAUGAAAAAAAGACAAUAUAGCCACAACAAUUUUGAAAAAAUAGAACAAGUCAAGAGAUAAAACACUACCUGAUUUGAAGACUUCUAAAGCUACAGAAAGCAAGGCAAUAUGAUACUGCUUUAAAGAUCAACCAGUUUACCAAUCUGGUCUUGAGCAAUAGAAGCUGCAAUGGCCAUAGAGAGGAAUGGGAAGGACACCAACCUGCAGGUCAGAAGGUGAUAUGCACACCUUCAUUAGGCACCUCGCUAGGGCAAUGGGGACAUGGUUGCCGCAAGAGUUCACUUAAGGCUUUCAGAAUUCAGCCUUGACAAGGCAAACAAACUUGGUCUUGCUGAUAUUGACUUAGGAUUCAGAAUACAGUGCUUCCGGCCAACCAGCUGCCAUCUCUCUCUCUCCACUCAAUCAGACUGGUGAUCAACAGCAUCCACUCAGGAUCUAUAGGCUGUGACUUAGGUUGUCCCAGAGCACCAGCUUUGGAUGCCCUGCUUCAUGCAUCAAACUUGCACUGGUCAUCUAUUUUACAUAUGGAAAAAAGAAGUGUUUCCCCAUUCCAUUGCCAAGAGGAGCCUUGUGGCUUAAAUCAACCUGCAUCCCUUUUUGUGAUGCUUAGUCUACUGGUAAAACUCCCAGAGUCAACUCCAAAGAAAGCUGAGGUUGCCAGGAUACAUCCAGGCGACAAAGGCAGGGGUUCCUGUCCCUGGCAGCCAGCCUCGCCUCCUAACAGAACUCCUGCACGAGGGGAGGUGAAUCCUGGAUCUCCCAUCUGUUCUACUCCUGUUUCCACCAACUACCCCACCAAGGAAUUCAGCAAGCCAUGACAAAAGCCGAAAUAGAAAAAUAAAGAAUGAGUAUUACAAGAUCUUGGAGGCGUCUGAGGUUUCACGGGGACUUUCCAGCAUUCCAGACUGCUGCCCUGCAAUGAAGCUCUGAGUCACAGUCUUUGGGUCUAAGGUACUGGCUACGAUGUGGAACCCCAGGACAGCCAACCUGACUAACCUUCACUCUAAGCAGAAGCCCAAAAUGCGUCUGGCCUGAAAUCAGAGCAAGCCCUAGAGAAAGCCUUCUUUGUUAAUGGAAAGAAAAGAGGAGAAAAGGGUUUCCACAUUGCAACAGUCUUUCCACCAUUCUAAAGAGCCCACCUUUCUUAUAAACCAAGCUGUUCUAUUUGGUGAGCCCCAUUCUAGCUUCUUGCCAGAAAUAGAGCAUGACAAUCGGGGUGGAAAAAUAAAGACGAACCCUCGGAAAAACAGACCUGGAACUGUAAUUCUCUCAAAGCAGUCCAGUAGGAGGAUUAUGUCUGAAAGCCAGCCCAGGCCCCCCGUGAUCCCAUCCCGCAGGCCCGGGUUCCGGGUGUGCUAUAUCUGUGGCCGAGAAUUUGGGUCCCAAUCCCUUGGCAUUCACGAACCCCAGUGCCUGGAGAAGUGGCGUGUUGAAAACAGCAAGUUGCCCAAGCACCUGAGGAGGCCAGAACCUUCCAAACCACCGCCUCUCAGUGGAAGUGGGUCCUACAAUCUUCAGGCAGCGAAUGAGGCAGCCUUCCAGAGUUCCCAGGCUCAGCUGCUGCCCUGUGAGUCCUGCGGCCGCACAUUCUUGCCAGACCGGCUUCUUGUUCAUCAGAGAAGCUGCAAGCAGAAUGUUGAGGGGCCUAGGGCACCAAGCCCGGACAGAUCUGAUGAUCUUGCUGGUCUCAAGAAAGCUUCCAGUGGCAUCACAACCCGACCAAGGACUGUCAUCUGCUACAUCUGUGGGAGGGAAUUUGGUACCCUGUCCCUUCCUAUCCAUGAGCCCCAAUGCCUGGAAAAGUGGAAAAUAGAAAAUGACCGACUCCCCAGGGAGUUCCGCCAGCCACUCCCACAGAAGCCUCAGCCCCUUCCCACUGGACAGCCCAACCACGCAGGGCCACGUCAAAGUCAGCUCGUGUCCUGCCCAAAUUGUAGUCGGACCUUUGCCCCCGACCGCCUUCCAGUACACCAGAGAAGUUGUAAAGCUCAACCUAGUGGAUCGAAAUUUCAGGAUUUGACAUUAGGGAGUAGAGGUGGCCUGAAAGAGUCCACUAAUUCCAAGCCUCAGAGGAAUAUGGCAGCAUGUCCUGUGACUGAUAAGCCAACAAUGAUAAGACGUCCACCAACAGUUGUUUGCUAUAUUUGUGGUCGUGAAUAUGGAACAAAAUCGAUUGCCAUUCAUGAGCCACAAUGUCUGAAAAAAUGGCACAAUGAGAACAACUUGUUGCCUAAAGAGCUAAGGAGACCAGAACCAAAGAAACCAGAAGUCAGGACCAUUACUGCCAAGGGUUUCUAUGAUCUCGAUGCCUUAAACGAAGCUGCUUGGACAAGCGCCCAGAGCCAGUUGGUUCCCUGUAAUAUUUGUGGGCGUACCUUCCUGCCAGACAGACUGAUUGUUCACCAACGAUCCUGUAAACCAAAAGUCGCCAAGUAAAGCCCUUUCUCCCUACGAAAGAGUU